GACAUUUUUCCUUUCGAUAUUUUUCCCUUCGACAUUUUUCCUCUUCGACAUUUUUCCCCUUCGUCUUUUCGACAUUUUUCCUUUCGACAUUUUUCCUUUCGACAUUUGGACGGCCAACCAACUAAUUAACAUAUCAUUAAUAGGUCAAUUGUGAUCCAUUGAUAAAUAGUUAAUGAAAAGAAUGCUGAAGGGUGGAGUGGAAAAAGUGGACCAUCUCACCUACUCUGACAGACAGAAAAAAAUGGUGAAGCGAUCUAUAACAUCAUAGAUCUUGACAGAUAUCGCGAUAGUUUAGUCUAACUAACCAUAAAGGAUAAUACGAUCAACAUGUGUGGAGUGCUCCUUAAUAAGUGGAGCAAAUCAGUCGUGUUCCACAUUCUGAUCUCACGAAGACUACGAUAAAAACAUUUUGAUAAGUUUGUUUAAUAUGCUAUAAAAUCGUUAUUCUUUAAAUAAUGUAUUUUAUAAAAUAACUAAUUGUCGUUUUAUAUGAUUUAUUUGAUGAGUCAAUAUGAAAAUAAAAAAUUCGUUGUGCGAGAGUUUCUCUUUGUCCUCGUAUCAUUUUGUUCAUGAAUUUAAUAUAAAAGAAUAUAUUCAUGGCAUGUUUUCAGUCGAUCUCACGACUGCGAUCAAAUCGUCUUUUGUACUGAUCAUUUUGGUAAUCAGAUUUUUACAUUUAGAUUCUGUUUUCAAAAAGAUACAGACCAAAUACUAUAAAUACUAACUAUUUAAUUCUCUUCACAGCAAAUAAAAGUUGAAUUUAUAUCGAAACAUCGAUAAUAAUCCUUAUUAUUCGCUCGCACCAUAAAACUAAUUAUAGAUUUUGAUUUCUUAGGAAUUAUAAUUUUUUUAUACGACCCGUUGGUUCACUAUGUAAUGCGUCGGAGACGAAAAUUAUAUAAAAGAAUGAAUCAGAAAGUUGAAAUUAAUCAGAAUAGUAGUGUUACUAGGUUAAUAGAGUAAAACUUGCUUUGGAAGAUGCACUAAUUAGUUUCUCUUUUACUUUCGAUUUUGGAAAGAAAGAAUCUCAAAACUAUUUUAUAUCACCAACGUUCACUUAAUUUUUCAUAAAUAUAUCCAACUGGAACGAAUAAAUCUAACAAUGUCGAUUAUUGUUUCUACCAGGAAAAUUAAUUAAUAUUAUAGAAGACUCGCCGAUUACUUGUUAUAUCGUCUUUGAUUGUUAAUUAUGCAUACACAUCGAAACUGAAUUUUAGCUCGACUUUGAAAACUAUCCUACUAGUUUAGACAGUGUCGAAUAUUUGAGUAAUUACCGAAGCGUUUUUGAGGCAUAUAAACAAUCAUGAAAGCAUUUUAAAGUUUGAAUUCGAGUAUUUCUGAAAAUUGUUAACAUUUUUUAGUAUGCCUGCAAACCUUUGGUUUUUGGAUCGUUUAUUUCAUUGUAUGUAGAUCUACCCCUCUAACUUACUGCUACUUCAUUUUAUUAAUUAACUGAAAAUGAUUGUCGUUAAGACCCAACCUAAAUCCGAACUGCAUAUGAACUUGACUUUGAAAAUUUAUUUUCUUGUUAAUCAUGUCUAAGAAAUGACAAUUUUAGAGCGAAAUUGUUUACUAAAAAUAAGUCUUGAUAAAACUGUUUUGGAAAUUGACUGAUUUUAAUAUGAUAGAAUAUGCAUUUUUUAUGUCAAACUAUAAAAGUUCUAGAACAAGAUAUGUUUGGAGAUUAGAAAGGAAGAAUAACAUGAAUAAAUUUGUUUUUAGAAAUAGCUGAUAAAAGUAAUUAUCAAAAUACUGGACUUGAAGAAUUAAUUAAUAGAUGCCAAACAAGUUCAAUUGUUAAUUUAAAUGGUCAAAAAAUAAAUGAUGAUGAUAUUGAUAUUGUUAUUAAUACAACUUUAUUUAAUAAACAAUGUCAAUCACUUAUCUUAUGGAAUAAUUGUUUAACAUCAUAUUCAAUAUCAAAAUUAUUUUCUUCUUUAAGCAUAAAUACAACAUUAAAAAAGUUGAGUAUUUCGAAGAAUCAUUUAUCUGAUAUAGCUAUAAAAUCUUUAUCAGAAUCACUUUUAUUUAAAAAUUCAACAUUAAAAGAAUUAGUUCUUUCGUCAAAUGAAAUAACUGAUGAAGGUCUUAUUUAUUUAUCAGAUAUGUUAAAAAUAAAUGAAACUUUAAUUGUACUUGGAUUACAAGAUAAUAAAAUAACUGAUAAAGCUAUUCAAUAUUUAUCUCAAGUUAUUCAAUUUAAUAAUAAAACUAUUGAAGAAAUAUCUUUAUAUUCAAAUAAAUUAAUAACUGAUAUAAGUAUUGAUUAUAUUUUGAAUAUGAUUACAAAUAAUCAAUCAUUGAAAACAUUUUGGAUAUGGGAUUGUCAAUUAUCUGAACAAGGAAAAUGUAAACUUCAACAAUCUAUUCAAUCGAAAAUUGAUUUUGAUCUUCGAUUGUAA